AAGUGUUCGGAUACCUUGUCCACUUGUUCUCUUGCAUCGUUAGCAUGAAAUACUUCUUGGUCUUAUUCGUUUGUGUGGCAGCUGCCAAACCGCAGUUCGGUUACGUUGGCUCUCUGUCUGGUGUGCCCUAUGGUUAUGCAACCCAUGGUUUGAACAGAUACGCCGCAGCCCAUGAUUACGGUUACACCGGUUACGUUGGCCCACAAGCUGAUGCCCAUAAUGUCAACGCCCAGGCCGCCCCCUUCGGCGUAAAGCGAAUCCCAGUUGGCUCUUCCAGUUUUGACAGCAUUGCCCUGCAAUAUGCGGGUGUUCAUGGAUACCUUAACAACGGUCCCAUGGCUCACUCCAACGUUGGCUUCGUCCCCGUUGAUGAGCCCGCUGUCCAAGCCGCCAAGGCCGAGCAAGUCACCUCCAAGGCUCUUGCUUAAGCAGCUGCCGUCUAUCCCCUUGGCUCCGGAGCCGGUUAAGAACGUACCUUUCCAUCCUAUAAAUAAAAGAUACAUUGUAUCAACAA